GCAGGCGAACAACAUGCUGCAAGACGCCUUCGGGUGCGCGGUGGCGAACAGGUUCGGCGACCUCCUCGACGACGACGCCGCMGACCCGUUCGACCUGAUGAACGAGGCGGAGCUGGAGAAGGAGAGGAAGAAAAAGAAGAAGAAAGAGGAGGAGGAGAGGAGAGCCAGGCAGAAGAAGGCCGGCCAGAAGGAGUCCCAGAGGGACAGGCGAGCCCCGGUCGCCGUGGAUGGUCAAAGCAUGGUUCCAGUGAGUAAGCAGCAGGCAGUGAUGGAGAAGGACAGCAGGUUUGAGGCCCAGAGGAACCCAAGAAGAGCUGCUGCAGGGCAGCGUAGAUCCAACCAAGAAGAGCCGACACUGGAGUUCUCAGUCCCCAAGUCCUCCUAUGACGACUCAGACUUCAGCGGCAGAGGGGGGCUCAGAGGCAGAAGAGGAACAAGAGGUGGGGGACACGCAAGGAACUCUGAAAACUUUUAUCAGAGAGGCAAGAGAGAAUACGAUCGGCACGAUGGAACGSGGAUCUGUACAGAGGAGAAGCGAGGAGGAAGAGGUCCGUGGAACUGGGGCUGCGCUGAAGAAGCUGCAGGUGAACUGAUGGAAACGAUGUCUGCUGUCAAAUCUGAGGAACCCCAAAUACCUUUGGAGGAGAAUCCAAAUCAGGCAACGGAUGAAGACAAUGAGAUGGUGGUCCAGGUUGCCAUGGAGAUGACCCUGGAUGAGUGGAAGGCCCUCCAGGAGAUGAGUCGUCCCAAAGCAGAGUUUAAUAUCCGCAAAGCCGAAGACAAGAUCCCCUCCAAAGCAAAGGUCAUCCACCAGUCCAAGUAUCUGGAGACCUCAAAGGAUGCUGCGGAGGACAUGGAGGACGACGGGAACUUCCUCCGCAGGUCUGUAAAUGACAUCACCACCCGCUUGGACAUCAAUUUUGGGAGUCUUGGACGCCCAAACCGAGGUGGCAGAGGAAGGGGAGCACGGGGUGGUCAGAGUGUUGGCUCUGAGAGAGCCAAACCCACAUUUGACAGGGAAGAAGCAGGUCUGGCACCUAAUCCUGAUGAUCCAGAAGACUUUCCUGCACUGUCGUCAGGAAAAUAACAGAGCUCACUUGCCUUCUACUUUAAAAAUUUUCACAUUUCAGUUCUUGAGUUUGUUGUUUGCACUGUUCAAUAAAUGCUUUUGCAAAGUA